AUGGCUCAAACCAUCCUCCUCGCCACCCCUCAGCCCUCCCGCGCCCGCAGCAGACCCCCUCCUCCCAGGUGCCCGAGACCCUCGCCACUGCGCGGGUCCCCGCGCCCCCGCCGGCUCGCGGCUGAGCGAGGCGAGCGAGCCGGCGGGACCCGGGAGGCCGCCAUUGAGAGGGUCGUGGGAGGAGCCCCGAGAGAACCGGGUGGGGGGGCUCCCCAGACCCGCGCCCGUGCCCGCGCCGCCUCUGCCCCCUCCGCAGCUCGGCCCCGCGCUGCCCGCCUCGCCGGGCCGGCGCCGGGAUGGGGUAGGGGCAGCGCCGGAGUCGGGCGAUGGGCCCCGCUCUGGGCACCGAGCAGCCCCUCGAGGCCUGACCGACCGCGAGGACCCGCGGAGGACCCCGCCUGGAAUGUCAAGCGGAUACCCUCGUGCCCCGCAGCGGACGCGGUGGGGACCAUGGCUUCGCUGAUGCCCCUCUCCCCAUAUCUAAGCCCCACGGUCCUCUUGCUGGUCAGCUGCGACCUGGGCUUUGUGAGAGCGGAUCGGCCGCCCUCUCCUGUGAAUGUGACUGUCACUCACCUCAGAGCCAACUCAGCCACCGUGUCCUGGGACGUCCCAGAAGGCAACAUCGUCAUUGGCUACUCCAUUUCCCAGCAACGGCAGAACGGCCCCGGGCAGCGUGUGAUCAGAGAGGUGAACACGACCACACGGGCUUGUGCGCUCUGGGGCCUGGCUGAGGACAGUGACUACACGGUGCAGGUCAGGAGCAUCGGCCUCCGAGGAGAGAGCCCUCCAGGGCCCCGGGUGCACUUCCGAACUCUCAAGGGUUCUGACCGACUACCCUCCAACAGCUCCAGCCCAGGUGACAUCACGGUGGAGGGCCUGGACGGAGAGCGGCCGCUGCAGACGGGGGAGGUGGUCAUCAUCGUGGUGGUGUUGCUCAUGUGGGCUGCUGUAAUUGGGCUGUUCUGCCGUCAGUAUGACAUCAUCAAGGACAACGACUCCAACAACAACCCCAAGGAGAAGGGGAAGGGGCCAGAACACAGUCCUCAGGGAAGGCCAGUGGGGACGAGACAGAAAAAGUCACCAUCCAUCAACACCAUCGACGUUUGAGUGACGAAACAGAACUCGAAGACAGCUGCGCUAAGGACCUGGGGAUGGGGCUGGGGUCAGGCUCAGGGACAGCCUACGACGGUGAUCUGCCCAAGUCUCCCAGAGGGUGAUGGCGCUCCCACACUCUCAGGCUGGUACCCAUCCUCUUUCCACUGUGAGGAGGGCCCGAAGGUAGGUCUGUUAGAGCCUGCACCCCUGGACCUGGAGAGCGGCUGUGAGAUGGGAUAGCUCCUCCCAUCCCGCAGGGCCAGGGGAGCGUGACCUGUUCAACACUACCCCAUUCGGUCCCAAAGAGGGGCCCCAUUUCACCUGCAUCAGGACUCUCGGCACCCCCAGCUGCUCUCACGUCUUGCCUCUGGGCCUCAGAGAGGGGCGCUGCAGCGGGCCCUCCUCCUCUCCCAGCAGACAGAAGGCGUCGUCCGGGCCUAGAGGCAGAUGCUGUACUGCACUACUCUAAUGUCUUCCACGGAGCCUCAGGUGCUCCCCCGCUCACCGGCAGCCCCUGCAGCUGCUGGUGAUCUCGCCCCUUGGACAUUUUUCCAAUAAAGGUUCUUGGACAAACUGGAA